AUGCACGAAUUGGAUGCCGCAGUCAAUACAAGUAUUACAAUGAUCCAGGAAGUAGAGCUUCUGUCGCGCGGCUAUAACAUCUCCCCAAUGCCUCCCAUCUCCUGCGUUACCAGCAGUAGUGAGCCGAGGAGGUGCGCAAGGCUACGUCGAACACUACGCCGAACCCUUGAUUAUAUGUCUAAGCCGCUCUCUGAAGCUCACAAAGACCUCGCAGUCAAUGCCGUUAAAAUCGAUCUUGACAAGUAUAACGAGAUUUACGAGAUCAGUCGUAUGGAUAUUGAAGACGCCGAAAACGUUAUUGUUGCAGGGUCUCGCGAGCUCGAAGCUCCGGAAGCGCUCCUGGAAUUGAAGAUCGGCUUUCAUAGGCUUCAGACCCUGCGGAGACUACUGUUAUGUACGCUGCUAGCAUUAGAUUACGAUCAGGGAACGCCGAAUGUCUCAAAGUGGUUGGCAGCCAUCAAGAAUAUGGAUGAUUUGAUAUCCUUAACGACAGAAGCUGUCAUCCAAAUUUCCGAAGCCAAUGAGAACGAAGAAGCCUUCCCGACACCGCCGACCCCUCAAUGUCCCCUCACGCCCAAUCGAGAACGUGCGAAAGGCAAUAUGAAGCAGCUCAGCGGCCUUUCAGAGGGCAUCCGGAGUCUCUAUGCUAAAAUGCGACUCCUUCGUGAAGACGCUGAGAGAAGCUUUAGCAAACCAGGCACAAUUGACGGCUUGACAGAUACGCUUUUGCAUCAAUAUGAUUCUGUUGGUCUUGAUCUAAAGGAUUUGGUGCAGAACUGGGAACUGGGAAAAAUCGCGCUCACUUCAACGUUGAAAAUACAAAACCAAUCUAUGUCGCCCUCUACGCACCGUCUAUCGGUGCCGCUUUCGCCGAGCUCAAGUUUAGGCGGCUCGACGGCUGUUGAAGGAAGCCCGCAAGACGCAUUAUUGGCACUCAAAGGUAUUCCGCGCUCGUCGUCACGUUCCAGCGCCACCUCAAAUACCUCAGAUGAGCAGAUAUUUGAAGCAGUGGCAGCGCCUCGUCCUCGUAGUGCGUUGAACAGAAAUGAGAGGAUUGCACAAAUCAAGGAAGGCCGAAGGAAGCACGCCGAAGACGGCGAGAAGGCGCAAGCCACCACACAUUUGUUGAAGGAAUUGGAGACGGUUGUCGAUGCUAUCAAAGACCUCGUACAGGAUUGCAACUUUGAUUGCAAUGACUCGGGUGUUGCCCUCCAAGCCAUGGACAACUCCCACGUCGCCCUCGUCUCGAUGAUGCUGAAAGCAGAGUCCUUCUCACCAUUUCGCUGCGAUCGUAACAUCGCGCUUGGCAUCAACCUCAACUCCCUUAUGAAAGUGUUACGGUGUGCUCAAAAUGAAGACAUCUUGACGCUGAAGGCGGAAGAUGCCCCGGACGUGGUCAAUUUGGUCUUCGAGAGCAGUGAAAGUGAUCGGCUCAGUGAAUACGAUAUCAAGCUUAUGGAUAUCGACCAAGAGCAUUUGGGUAUACCUGAGACGGAGUACUCGGCCACCAUUAGCAUGCCAAGCGCGGAAUUUCAAAAGAUAUGUCGAGAUCUGAUGGCGCUUUCGGAAUCAGUGGCUAUUGAAGCCACGAAAGAAGGGGUCAAGUUUUCCUGCUCGGGCGACAUUGGCAACGGGGCCGUCACUCUGAGAAGCCACACAGACGUUGAGAAGCCCGAGCGCAAUGUUGAAAUUGCUCUCUCGGAACCAGUGGCAUUGACAUUCUCCCUGAAAUACUUGGUCAACUUUUGCAAAGCGAGCGGUUUGUCAGGCACAGUCAAGCUAUGCCUGUCCAAUGAAGUGCCACUGCUCGUGGAAUACGCUUUGGCAUCAAAUAGCUACUUGAGGUUCUACCUCGCCCCAAAGGUUAGUCGGGCCUUCAAGAUUGAGUCGGCUAGAAUACUAAUACAGUGCAGAUUGGAGAUGAAGAAUGAAUACGGUGGUUGGAGCGAGAGGAGUACCAGACGAGGCCAAGCCGAAAGGGAACAGCGUCCUGAGUCCUGGCUUAUGCGAAAGGAUGGUACCCUCGCAACGACGGGAUAUGCAUAUUGA